GAUAGCCGGCUAGCGAGAACAUUUUGUAUUCCCGUUUCGUUUAUCGGAAAUGCAAUCCGGAUGCUGUCCCCAUUUGUGUCAGAGCCAGCGAAAAACGAUCCGGGCACCAUUACUCGAAAGCAUCAUCAGCAACAACAGCAACAAAACAGUCAUCAAAAAUCAAACCAUCAAAACGAUGCAACUAGUAUGCAAAUUCGUCCGAUGAGACCCUCGAUUGCGGUUCCCCGGGAGGUCAUCGUCAACGGUUGGACGUUCCAUCAGAAGAAAUCCGCGAAACGAGUCAGCCGACAACGAAGCGAAUGCAUCAUCAUUAUUCGGCGAGCAGGAAGCACAAAAAUGUCCCACUCGGUUGGCUCCAACAAUGACCGUUAAUCGUGCCGGUAAUGAUGAUGAUGCUCUGCGACAUCUGGCAGCUUUGCGUCCUUUAGCUGAGGACCACGACCGGGAACUUGUGGACCAAACCUCCGAAAGCGGUCCAGCUGAUUCUGAUUCCGAAGCUGAUUCUGACUCGGAUAAAACAUUCACUAGACGACCCAUCGCCAGAGGAAGAAGUCGCAAACUAACGUCGGACAUCGGAUCUGGCUGCUACUGGCCAUCUGUGCUGCUGACGCUUCUGUUCUACCUCCUGAUUGUGGACGACACCCGGAUAGGCCAGGUUCUGGCCAAAAAUGAGAAGGAGAAUUUCGUCAAAACGUCUGAUGUCGAAGCAAUUGAGGAUCAUCAAGCCAUCCUAUACUGUCCACUUUUAGCGUCUAAUCGCGACAAAAUCAACAUGGUGCUUUGGUUCAGAGACAACGCGGGGAUCCCGUUGUACAGCCUCGACGUCCGGGGGAAAUCUCUGACCGAUGCCCAACACUGGUCCGCACCGCAAGUAUUCGGAACCCGGGCCCGGUUCGUUAUCGAAAGUGAUCCCGCUUAUUUGGAAUUGAACGAAAUUAAGCGCCAUGAUCAAGGAAUCUAUCGGUGUAGAGUCGAUUUUCAAAACAGCCAAACGCAGAGCUUUCGCUUCAACCUUACCGUCAUCAUUCCACCCGAAGCGCCGGUGAUUCUGGAUCGAUGGGGACGCGUUAUCAAUAGUACAAUAAUCGGACCGAAGGAGGAGGGCGAUGAUAUACUGCUCACCUGUCGGGUGGUUGGAGGACGACCGCAGCCCGAUGUGCUCUGGUUCAUCAACGACAACCUGGUGGACAACCAAAUCGAGCAGAACACCGGCAACGUCAUCGAGAAUCGGCUCCUGUGGACGUCGGUUCAGAGGCACCAUCUGCACUCGGUUUUCACCUGCCAGGCCCGGAACACCAAGCUGAUGCCGCCGCGGAUCAGCAAGUUCACCCUGGACAUGUACCUUAAACCCCAAUCGGUGAAGAUCCUGAACUCGACCCUCUCUCUGGCCGCCCACAAGGAGUACCGGAUAGUGUGUCAAACGAGCGGAGCCCGGCCGGAUGCUGUAAUAUCGUGGACCAAGGGCAAAAAGUCGCUGAAACGCUUCAAGGAGCACGUAAUCCGCAAUACCACCUAUUCGGUGCUCAGCUUGGUGCCGACGGUCGAGGACGAUGGCCGGCUGCUCGGGUGCCGGGCGGAGAAUCCCAAAGUUCCCGGUCUCUAUCUGGAGCAGUUCCAGAACAUCAGCGUGCACUAUCCUCCGGUAGUAACGUUGCAGCUCGGAUCAACACUGGCCAUCGACGACAUCAAGGAGGGGGACGACAUCUAUUUCGAAUGCAAGAUACAAUCAAACCCGGCCUGGCGGCGUCUCUCCUGGCUGCAUAAUGGAGUUCAACUACCUCAGAAUUCAUCGUCUACGAAGAUCGUGCGGACUGGGCAAAGUCUGGUGAUUCAGAAGGUGACCCGCAGCUCAAGUGGUCCAUAUCAGUGUGGGGCCCUCAAUAGUGAGGGUGAAACGCUGAGCAACGCUAUAGUGCUGAACAUCAAGUAUGUUCCCAUCUGCGACACCGACAAAAUCGUCAGCCUCGGCGUUUCGAUCGACGAGACAGUACUGAUUAGUUGUAACAUCAUCACCCAUCCACCCGCCAGCCGAUUUUACUGGCGCUUCGAGAACUCCGAAGAAGUCAUCGAAAUCGACCCGUCCCGGUUCAACAACAACGGAACCAGUAGUUUGCUGGAGUACACACCGAGCUCGGAUCGGGACUACGGGACCCUGUCCUGCUGGGGGACCAACGAAAUCGGAACCAUGGCUGAUCCCUGCAUCUAUCAGCUCAUCACGGCCGGGUUGCCAACAUCCGUCAUCAACUGUGGCUGGAGCAAUACGAGCACCUCGGUCGAUGUCAACUGCCAUGCCGGCUACGAUGGAGGCCUCCGGCAACAGUUUGUGCUGGAAAUGUUGUCCAGUGGGAGUCCCGGAUUUGGAAUUAAUCUCACAAAUUCGGAGGAGCCCACGUUUACAACCUCGCUGGGCGCGUUGCGGGAAAAGCUGCCAAACCCAAACCAACCGGAUACGCUCAAACUUUUCGCGUAUGCAGUGAACCAGAAGGGCCACAGCCAGCGGGUCUACAUUACCGAUUUGCUAAUUCCGGCCGUCGAAGAGCAGGAACAGCCGGACGGGCGCAAUUCCUCGCUACUGACCCCGAUACUGAUCGGGUUGCUCGUUACCAUUCUGCUCAUCAUCAUCGUUAUAGUGGUUAGAAUUUAUCUGAAAUCGAAAAGACUUAAGCAAACUAUUGAUAAGGAAAAGCGCUACACGGAGGAGUCCAGAAAUACGCUUCUGUUGAUGGAUCAGUCCAAGAAGGAGAAAUCUCAAAAGGCUUCCAAGUGGAAAAACAGCAUGGGCAGUAGUAUUAAAACGAGGAAUAAAAUAGAAACCAUAGACGACGAGCAGGAUCCCGACUUAAUUCCCUACCCCCGGCUUACCGACAUCCAGCAGGAAGAGCUGAUCCCGAUGACGUCGGAGUUUUCGUUCCGUCCCAAAACGGUCCGGUUGCCACCGCCGCCGAGCACUCCCAUCACCACCACCACUUCCAGCUCAUCGACGACGGGUGGUGGCGGGGGCGGAGGAUCAACUCUGGGGGCCACGACCUCGACGACCACCACCACCACCACGAUCCUGAGCUUCCGGGACGAGGACAUUUCCGAGGCCGAAAUCAACCUGAAAGGAAUUGAAGACUUCCUGAUGACGAACCACGUGCCGGAGAGCUGUGUGUGAUAUCGAUACCACGUGGCUUUCGGUUACGCGUUACUUUUCUAGAUUCGACUUAAGUCUCAUGAUCCUAAAAGCAAUUCCCAAUUGUUAUUUGAAAUUGAGAGAUAAACUGGGAAAACUUAAAAUAACUAACCAGAACAAUGUUCGAAAUUAAUCGCUGUCCAUUUUAUUUCUUAUCCAGUUUUUUGUAUAAAAACAGAACUCGUUAACAAAACACAUUUUCAAAUGUUGAUUCAUGAUAAAGUUGAUAUUAUUUGACUGUGUUUAACUCAAACUCUCACUUAUUCCAUUCUUUAACCAUCAAUCAACUAUUGUUUCUCUCUAUCUGAAAUAUUCUGCUCUCAAGGCAUUCUCUCAUCAGAGUUGUUUUCGGUUUUCAGUGUUUAGCGUGUAAGUUUUUGAAUGUGCUUGAGUACGCUCUAUUGAAUGUUCUACAAAACUCCGAUUAUCGACACGAUAUGUAUGUAUGUGUGUGCGUGUAAAAACUAUACGAUACGCAGAAGAUUAACCUAACAAAAAUGUGCUCUUUGUUACCAUAAUUCUUUCGUUUUCUUCUGAUAAGAUAUGUGACAAAAGAACAAAAUGUAAACUUUUAUGGCUCUACAACUGCGUGAUAGUGUAUAAGUAAAGAAACCUAAAAGCAGAUAACAGCAGAAAAUCUAAGAAUAAAGUUGGGAAAGAAUGUUAUAUAUUUAGGAAAAAGCCUCCCCUGUUCUGUGAAAUUCGUCGAAUGGCUUAAUCAUUAAACUUUUAUUUUUUUCAAUUUUCUCUCUCCUUUGAAUGAAAAAUGGAAGGCCAAUUUAAGUUUCAAGAUAUAUGAUUUCAAAGAUUCACUGUAGUUUUAAAGAAUUUUUGUUUUGUAAAUAACCUUUAAAAACAUUUUUCAUCUCAAUAAGUUAAACGUUCAGAAACUUUUCAGUAUCAACCUAAUCAACGACAACUAGUUAAAAAACAAAUCCUAAAAGCGAAUGAUUUUUAACAACGGAAAGCACACAAAAAUCGACGCAGCAAAAAAUCUUGAAAAUGAAAACAAUAAUCUAGAAACUCGUAAAAAGGGACAGCGCAAAAAAAAACGUACGAAGCAGAAACACUAGCGAAAGACACACAAACGACGAAAUAUGUAAGCUAGACACAAGAAAUAGAUGAAAAGAAAGGAAUAGCUAAAGGUUAUAAAAAUUAAUCUAUAUUCAAUAUGGAAGUGUACCUAAAAGAUAUAUUAUUGUACUAUUAUUGCUAUUGAAAGUAUUAUUGAGAAAACAAAAGAUUGUUUGUAUAAUAAAGAUUUUUUAUGAAAAUAUUA